GCGGCGUCGGCCGCGCCCUCGCGCAGGACGGGCGCGGCCGCCGCCGUCCCGACGUCGCCGCCGCGCGUCUCGGCGCCCUAGGCUCCGUGGCGGCGAGGCUGAACCCGGCCUGCCCGCAUUGAGCGCUGCCUCUGACCGCGUGGCCUGCCGCCCACGGGCGGGAUACGGCAGCCAGAGGAGGGCGUGCCUUGGGGUCGUCGCGACGCAAAUCCGCGACGGCCGCGCUUGCUCUCAACUUCCGCCGCCCUCGAGUGGGCUGCCCCCCGCGCCCCGGGGGGCCCUCAAAAGCAAAGACCUGCCACCGCGGCCCUCUUCCUGCUUGGAGGGUACGGUUCGCCCGCAGCGCCCGCAGCUCGGGAGGGAAACGUACAAACCAUGACUGUCUUGCUCCCUCAGCACCUUGUUCUGGCUGAGCACUUGGCGCGGCAGCGCCGCGGCGCGCUGGCAGCGCUCUUCUUUUCCCGCGCUGCUAGGCCCGCGGCGGUUUCCGUGCAAUGUUGCGGCGCCCCGCGGGGGAGGCCCCCCCCCGAGCGCACGCUCUCGGAGCGGAUGGGAGGUGAGGCGGGGGGGUGCCAGGGCAGGCUCCGCCGCUCCCCGAUCUGCCCUCCGCGCACCGCGCUGUCAGAGGUAUGUUUUUUCAAUCCCGCGGGGCCGCCUGGCCCUGCGCUCUGCAGCAUGCUACCAGCUGUUAGGUUUCAUUUCGCAGCUCGCAGCUCGUUUUCGAGCCCCAUUUAAGUCUCCCCCCGUCUUCAGCCGUCCGUCGCCAUCUCCGUCUCCUGCCCACCCAUGCCGCUCCCGGCUCCUCUGCGAACGCCCCCCAGUGGAGCUGCGGCUGGCGUCCCAUCUUCCUCGCACGUCUGCCGUUCGCAACACAUUCCCCCCUCUCCUUGCUCCGUCCUCCCGCCCUCCACCCCCUCCGUCCUCCUCCUACCCUCCACGUGCGGCAGCCGUCGCUCGCGCGCGUUGGCCGCUGUGACAGGCGGGCGGGUGCGCUUUAGAUAGUUUUUAACAUCAUGCUCGACGCUUUCUCCGAGGGCGAGGAGCCUAAGACGCCCCCCCAGCCCCCAGCAGCGCCGAGGCCGUGGCCGUCCAGCCGAGGUCGCGGCCGGCUGGCGCGUGCCGCCGCUGACGGGGACAGCUGCGGGCGGCACGGGGGCGCCCAGAGUCGGCGCCCCCGCCGAGAGGUGCGGGCGCCUGCCCACACCUAGCGCACGGUUGGAGACCGCGGUCGAGGAACGGCAUCGGGCUGCGAAGGUCCUCCUCUCGUUCCCCUCCCUCUCAUUCUCUCGCCCUCCCUG